AGAAGAAGAAAAAAUAGAAAAAAAUAAUUUUAAAAAAUAAAAAAUGCCAAAAUAAAAAAAAAGUAAAAAAUAUCAGAGUCAGAUUUCCAAGGAAGACACGCAGAGUAAGGCAUACAGUAGGGGACAUUGUCUGCAAAAAGCAAUGUUGGAUGCGGCGGGUGACAGUUUACCUGGAUCCCACCACUGACAUGGCUGCGGACUCGGGAAUUGUUUGACGAUAAGAACGUUGGCUGGUAGGGGUGAUUGGCAAGGAAAACAGGCGUACUCCGUACCUUGAGCCCUUUGAACUUGUAGGUAAAACCGGCCAGCAAAAGCGGUAAUGGAACGGGGUGUACAAGAGACGAUGGCAAAAGUUAAAAGAGCAGGAAAUGAAAAGGCAGACAAAGACCAAAGACAAAGAAUCGGAAGAAACCGCCAAGCGUCGAGAUCUCGAAACUAUGUCGAUGAUGAGCAGAUGCGGAUCCGUUGUUUCGCCGGUGGUUAUGUGCUUGAAUACCUCCUCGGAGAUGAACUCUGAAGGCCAAACAAAGACAGGGGACAAGUGAAAAGAAAUUGGUGGUUUUAGAGAAGGACGUUAUGGAUCAACUGCUUGUUGGAUGGCGGGUAGAGCUCCAUGUAUCGCACGCCCUAAGUUAUACUGGGAUCGCAUGGGUGAACAGGAGAGAGGAUGGUCACUGAUAAUCCUCAUAGUUCUCCCCCGCCUAUCAUGCUGCAGGGGAAUAAUUAUAACAGCCCCGAAAAUAUUAAGAUCAUUUUUGUGUCCAUCAUCCUACCACC